AUGUAUAUAUAUAUAAAAAGUUUUAGAUCAGAAAUCUAAGAAACUAAAAGUACCAACUAUAAUAGUAUUGCUUUGUGUAAUUAUUAUUAUUAUUAAUUAUCAUCUUCAUCAUGAACACUACUUCUAAUCCUUACCAAAAAACCAAACAGUCAUUCAAGGUGUGCUUCUGUUUCAAACGGAGAUUUAAGCUUCGAGCACUAGAUCCACCAGAAGACAUCAAAAGAAUUUUUAACGAGUACUCGGAGAACGGGAAUAUGACCGUCGAUCACCUGCUUCAAUUUCUCAAACAUGUCCAAAAAGAAGAAAAUCCUACCAAAGAAGAUGCUGAGGCCAUUUUCAAUAGUGUUAAACAUCUAAAAAUCUUUCACAGAAAUGGCCUCCAUUUGCAUGCUUUUUUCAGAUAUCUCCUUGGUGAUCUCAAUCAUGCUCAUAAGUCUACGGUGCAUCAUGACAUGACAGCUCCAUUAUCUCAUUAUUACUUAUUUACUGGCCACAACUCCUACUUAACUGGAAAUCAACUAAGCAGCGACAGUAGUACUCAACCCAUCAUCAACGCACUGCAUCGAGGAGUUAGAGUUAUCGAAUUGGAUCUCUGGCCUAACUCUGCAAAAAACGAUGUCGAAGUUCGUCAUGGAGGGACUCUGACUAGUCCAGUGGCAUUGAGGGAUUGUCUGCGUGCUAUUAAGGACAAUGCCUUCAAAGUAUCUGAGUUUCCUGUUAUUAUAACGUUUGAGGAUCACCUCCCUCCACAUCUUCAAGCCAAAGUGGCAGAGAUGGUGACAUCGACGUUCGGAGCCAUGCUGUAUUGCCCAGCAUCAGAUUAUAUAGAGGAAUUCCCGUCGCCUGCAGCGUUGAAGAAAAGGGUUAUGAUUUCCACUAAGCCACCAGAGUAUCAUGAAUCUCAUCAUCAUCAACAUCAAGUGGAUAGUGGUGGUAGUAGUACUAAAUCAAAGAAAAACUACAAACCAUCAUAUGAUGAUGAUGAUAAUGAAAAAGAUGAAGAUGACACCAGUUACUAUAAUAAUAAUAAUAAUGGUGAUCAUAAUCAGAACGAUGAGGACGAUGAUACAUAUGAUGAUGAUCAAGACUACGAUGAAGAAGAAAAUGUUGUUCCUGAGUACAAGCAGCUAAUUGCUAUCCAUGCAGGGAAACCCAAAGGUGAACUAAACACUUGGUUGGCUGAUCUUAACUCUUCUGUUAAGAUCAAACGGCUUAGCUUGAGCGAGCAAGAGCUUGAGAAUGCAAUAAAGCAUCACGGAGCUGAUAUUGUCAGGUUUACUCAGAGGAAUUUUUUGAGAGUGUACCCAAAGGGUACGCGUUUCGAUUCUUCUAAUUAUAAUCCUAUGCUAGCAUGGAUGCACGGAGCUCAAAUGGUUGCAUUUAACAUGCAGGGGUACGGAAAGCACUUAUGGGUGAUGCAAGGAAUGUUCAACUCCAACGGAGGGUGUGGCUAUGUGAAAAAGCCAGACUUCUUAUUGUCAUCUACUAUUCCUCAUCAUAUUAUUGAUCCUCACAAUCCAACCGUAAAGAUGAUUCUAAAGGUAAAGGUUUAUAUGGGUGAAGGGUGGCAUUCAGAUUUUCGACACACUCACUUCGAUCAAUAUUCUCCACCUGACUUCUUUGCAAGGGUGGGAAUAGCUGGAGUGCCAAUUGACCGGUCAAAAAUGAUGCAAACUAAAGCAGUUGAGGAUGAAUGGGCUCCAGUUUGGGACCACGAAUUCGAAUUCUCACUGAGUGUUCCAGAAUUAGCUGUGCUUAGAGUGGAAGUCCAAGAAUAUGACACUUCAGGCAACAACGACUUUGGAGGUCAAGCAGCCUUUCCUGUUCUAGAGCUCAAAUCUGGGAUUCGAGCUGUUCCUUUGUACAACAAAAAGGGUGACAUGUAUAAAAACGUUAGACUUCUUAUCAAGUUCGAAGCAAUAUUAUUAAACUAGUAAUGUACUGCGCCCACCUACCUUAUAUAUAUGUAGAUACCUUUUAUAACUAUUUGUACAUGAUGUAUGACUGUGACCUAUAAUAUUUAUUGUGUAAAUAAUAAAUAUGCACUACUGUACCUCCUCUAAUUAAUUAAACAUAUAAGUGCUUGACGUCGUA